CUCUUCCACAUUCUUUCAGUACCGACCAUGCGCUCCGUCGCAAGAGCAUCCCAUCUACAUGAACUCCGCUCUGUUCCCGUGAACCAGGUCGCGAACGAUGGAGCGUAGCGCGGCGCAGCUGGAAUAUCUUGGAUCCGCCUCCCUCCAACCGCCCUCCCUCACCACUUCCCUCCUCUACGCCUCCGCCUUCCUCUACAUCCUCUCGCUGUACUUCAAAUAUCCCGUUGCCGCUCCACACCUCUUCAUCUGGGACGCCGUAGUCUACAUCAUUCCUCAACGGCUGCUCCUGCACCGCGCCCAGAGACAGGAGCUGGCGACGACCGGCAUGCUCGCACAAACGCAUGCGGCAAAGAAGGAGGCCUUGAGUGGCAUGCUCGGCAUGAGUGGUGCAUCUUUACUCAGCAAGCUACCGGCCGGCGCCAGCGAAGGUGUCGGCAUCAUGCGGCGGGCCAGCACCAGCCUGUUUUCACGGCCACAACUCGACUCCGAUGCCCCGGCAGGCCUGGGCAAUUGGGACACCAGUUGCUACCAAAACAGCGUGCUACAAGGACUCGCGAGCCUGCACUCUCUGAACGCCUACCUCAAGAGCUUGAGUUCCGAUGAAGAGAGCACGAGUGCGAGUCUGUUGGCAACUGUCAACAACCUCAACGACCCGGCGAACAAUGGACGUCAGUUGUGGACGCCGGCGAAGCUCAAGAACAUGAGUUCAUGGCAGCAGCAGGAUGCGCAGGAAUAUUACUCUAAAAUACUGGACUCCAUUGACAAGGAAGCUAUAAAGGCGUUUGCUUCCUCGCGAGCAUCAGCAGCCAAGGCCGGUCUAGAGACUCUUGCUGAGGAUGAUGCGGAAGCAACCACGCAAAAGGACUCCAAGGAUACGGUGAAGGCUGGAAAGAGCCCACUCGACGGUCUCUUCGCCCAAAAGGUGACUUGCACUCGCUGUGGUUAUUCCGAGGGCUUGAGCAUGAUUCCAUUCAAUUGCCUGACCCUUCCUCUGCCUGUCGGAAGCAACACCACCACCAUUCAAGAUUGCCUGGACGAAUAUACCAAACUGGAAGAAAUCACCGACGUCGAGUGCACCAAAUGUACCCUGCUGCACGCUCAAGACCAACUGAAGAAAAUGCUGCCCGCGGAUCCAGGGUACCAAUGCACUGACGCGGAGGCCAAACCAUCUGCUGAUUCAAGAGUGCUACAACUUCCACCCGAGCUUCGCGCACAAGCUUUCAAGCGCCUGGCUGCCGUGCAAAAGGCGCUCGAAGAGGACGACUUCACCGACCAGACCUUGUCCGGUGCUUGCCAGAUCGGGAAGAAGGCUCGAGUCUCGAGCACCAAGACGAGACAGGCCGUGGUCGCUCGUUCACCGCAAUGUCUGGUGGUGCACGUGAAUCGGAGUGUGUUUGACGAGACCACAUUCGUCCAACGAAAGAACUACGCACGUGUCGAGUACCCCCGUUUUCUGGACCUGGCGCCGUGGAUGUUAGACGAAGACGGGAUGGCUGAGGAAGAACAGGCCGUGGAAGGGAUGCAUUUCAGGCUGAAGGCUGUGGUGACGCAUUACGGACGGCAUGAAAAUGGCCAUUACAUUGCCUAUCGUCAGCAUCCGGUUCGGCGGAAAGGAGGCGACAGUGAUGAUGGAGAGGAAUCAGUGGACCUUGAAGAUGCACUUCCAACGACCAAGUCAGACCCAUGGUAUCGACUGAGCGAUGAGGAUGUCAGUCCCGUUGAGGAAGCAGACGCCUUGAGUCAGGGUGGAGUGUUCAUGCUGUUCUACGAAAGGGAGCAUGUGUCGGAAGUGCCAUCUCCAGAAGACGUCACUACUGAGCCUGCGGAUGUGCAGACUGCUGAGGCUGCAGGGCUCGAGCCUGAGUUGCUCACGACUACGACCUCUGGGCCUGUUGAGGAACUCGAUGGUCUCGAUGCUGCCGAUCUCCCAAUGGACACAGUUUCGACGCCAGACGAUGACCUUCCAGAUACGAGCGUAUCGAUACCACCGUCGGAGCCGAAAACGUCAGAGGACGGCAGGCCGCCUCAAGAGGAAAUCACUGACUCCGACGAGCUGCGAACUACAAGCUCUGGGGGCUUGGUCCGCAUGAGGACUGCGCGCAUUCCAGUGAUGGAGAAUGAAUUUGCCGGGAAUGCGUUCAGGGCCGUUGCUGCCACCUGAUGUGGAUGGCCUGGCGAUGCUUCCAUUGAUUGAUGGUAGAAGAUUCGAGCUCCAGCUAUCCCAAACAUGUCACCUCUACUAUUGUGUGUCCAUUAACGUAUUGAUCUGUGCUGGAAGGCUAGCAAAGGGACACGGAGUCUUCCACGUCUGGGAUAGCAACACGACCAGCAAUGGCAUUUUUCCGUCGAUAUAGAUAUUCCAACACUCUCGUCGUCGCCACCAGCAAG